UCUUAGAGUGAGAGCGAGGGAGGCUAGAGAGAGAAAGUAUAGGGGUUUCGGAAACCCGGAUGAAUCUUUCUUCUGGGGUUUUUGGGGAGAGCGAUUCUGGUGCGUGAGUGAUAUUGUUUCCGCGCGAUUCUUUUGGAUUAAUUUUUGGGGCCGUCUUUGAUUUUUGACUGGGAAAAAAAAUUCUGUUUUUCGGGUUUUCUGGGAGAUGUACAUAGCUUCCAUGCGAAAGUCUUUCAAGGACUCCUUGAAAGUGCUUGAAGCUGAUAUCCAGCAUGCCAAUACCCUGGCAUCAGAUUUUCCGAGGGAGUAUGAUGGUGCAUGCCUUCAGAUGAGAAUGUCAUAUAGUCCAGCUGCACACCUGUUUCUUUUUUUAGUGCAAUGGACGGACUGUAAUCUUGCAGGAGCCCUAGGGCUGCUAAGAAUCCUAAUUUACAAGGUUUACGUGGAUGGGACAACCACCAUGUCUACGCAUGAAAGAAAAGCAAGUAUUAGAGAAUUCUAUGCGGUCAUAUAUCCAUCUUUAUUGCAACUUCAGAAAGGGGUCACUGAUACAGAGGAUAAAAAACAAAAGGCUGUAUGCAUGGAGCGGUAUCGAAAGAGAGAUGGUGAGGAACACAGGCCGUCUUCAGAUGUUGACAUUGAAAGAGAUGAAGAAUGCGGUAUAUGCAUGGAGAUGAAUAGUAAGAUCGUGCUGCCCAACUGCAACCAUGCAAUGUGCUUGAAAUGCUACCGUGAAUGGAGAACAAGGUCACAGUCAUGCCCCUUCUGCAGGGACAGCCUCAAGAGGGUGAACUCGUGCGAUCUCUGGGUAUUCACUGAUAGUAGAGACGUAAUAGACAUGGCGACGGUGACGAGGGAGAAUCUUAGAAGGCUUUUCCUGUACAUAGACAAGUUGCCUCUGAUUGUUCCAGACUCCCUUUUUGACCCCUAUGACUCUCACCUCAGAUAAACUGAUUGCAGCCAACACAUGGAUCUUACCGGCUCUCACCUUGGAUGAGUAGUUCCCUCUGAAACUAGCUGCAAGAAAGUCUGAAGUUUAUCCGGCUCCUGCUAAAUUUAGUCAUAUAAUAUAUAAUAUAUAGAGUUGCAGUACUACUUGCUUCCCGCUUCUACCGUGAGAAGUACCCGGCCCGAUUUGUUGUUGUGGGUUGGUGGUGAAGUCUGAGAAUGGUAAAAUUGUAUGUAGCUCAUUUGUAUAUCCCUCUGUACAGACUGGAUGAAUCACUUGUUCAUUUGAGAUUUGGCACAUUCCCUGUUAUCCUCACUAAAAUUUAAUUGUGGAUAUCUUGGCAGACACAUUCUUUCCUGACAUAUCUCACACUUGAAUGUGUUCACCAGAAUAUAUAUAGUUCAAUUCCUUUGGUGUUAAGGCUGGUUUA